GACUGUUUUUCAGACUCAGUCAAAGGAUCACGAGAGUGUUGUGCGGGAAGAAGUGAACUGACAGCGAGCGGAGCGGAGAUACGCGUGGAAAUGGUGAAACACCGGGGCUAGUUUACCGUUCAGAGCGCUUUACCGGGGAGAGGCGGCUGUACAGGCGGAGCGGAGCGGCGGCCGGCUUACCUGAGGAAAGGCGUGGUGGACAGCUGUUCAGGAUGUCGAUGUUCAGCACCGGUGUCCUGGUCCUCACGUCUCCUUUACACAUCCUCCCUUUACGCCUUGCUCCUGUCCUGAGUUCUGCUGCCCAGAUUGUUGAACGCACCCUUUAUGUCCACCUCCACCCUGGCCUCAACCUGGGAACAGGCACACCGGCCCGGCCUGUCUUCAUCCCUCCUGUGGUGGACCUACCCACCAUCAUCUCCCGCCUCUACAGUAAUGCUGCCGAUGUGUGCGGCCACCUGGAUGUCAGGGUGCUGCUGACGCAUUUCAGGGCGCAGCCAGGAAUGCCUCAGACAGGGUCGUGUGCAGCCUCCAAUCCCUUUCCCUCCCCGCAGAUCCUGACCCACUCCCCAGAAGUGGUUUUGACAGAUUUCGCUGUUCAGGACCCUGGCCAGUCCUCGCUGGUGAGUCAGUGCUUGCAGAAAUACGCAGGCCACUGCUACGUCUGCACACCUGGCCUGUCUUCAGUCAUCCUGCAUCCACAGCUUGAGGAGGUGAAAAGUGAGGAUGAGAAGCAGAAAGAUACAGUCAGAGAAGAGCCUAUAGAGACAUAUGGGGACGUUGUAGUGGGGGGAACCUUCGACCGGCUGCAUGGUGCCCACAGGACCCUGUUGAAUAUUUGCAGUCUGCUGGCCAACAGGCGCUUUAUGGUUGGGGUGUGUGACCAGGAACUCCUUAAAAAUAAAGUGUUGAAGGAGCUGAUUGAACCAUACGGUCAGCGUGUGCAGAGGCUGCAGGAGUUUCUUAAUGAUGUCAAGCCCUCUCUCCAAUAUGAGAUUGUUCCUCUGUCUGAUCCCUUUGGCCCAUCGGUCAGUGACCCUCAGCUGCAGUGCAUUGUGGUCAGUGAGGAGACUAGAAGAGGUGGCGAGGCUGUUAACAGGAAACGAGUGGAAAAUGGUCUUCCAGAGUUGGUCCUGUAUGAGAUCCCACUGAUUAAGGACAUUCAUCACACAGAGAUAGAGGAGGAAAAAAUCAGUUCCUCCAGCCUGCGCUCACGACUUCUGGGCACACUCCUCGUUCCUCCUACGCCUCGGCCUGGCCUCUCUCAGGUCCCAUAUGUGAUUGGACUGACAGGGGGCAGUGGGAGUGGGAAGAGCUCUGUAGCACGAAGGAUGGAAGCGCUGGGAGCUGUACGGAUUGAUGCAGAUCAACUGGGCCAUGAGACUUACCUACCCGGCCGUGCUGCCUACCACAAAAUACUACAGCAAUUUGGUACAGAUAUUUUGAAUGAGGAUGAGACCAUUAACAGACGGGCUCUGGGGAGAAAAGUGUUUGGAAACAAGGAAAGAUUAAAAGCCCUGACAGAUAUAGUGUGGCCUGAGAUCGCUCUUCUGGUCAAAGAAAGAGUGCAGUGUGCUAAAGAAGAAGGUAAAAGUGUGUGUGUGCUGGAUGCAGCAGUUUUGUUAGAGGCUGAAUGGACAGACAUGGUACAUGAGGUCUGGGUGGCCAUUAUACCAGAAGAAGAGGCUGUAAGGCGUAUAGUGGAGCGUGAUGGUACGAGUAAGGAGGAUGCGGUAAAGAGGUUGCAGAGCCAGUGGUCUAAUGCUAAGAUGGUGGAGCAGGCUAAUGUAGUUCUGUGUACACUGUGGGAGCCAGAUAUUACCCAGAGACAGGUAGUAAAGGCGUGGAAUUUUCUACAAGCGCGCAUUCAACAGAAAAAAGAGGAAUCUACACUGCCAUCAUGAGAUAGCAGUUUUACACAGAAGCAUACGCACACGCUGUACCGGUUAACCUUUGAAGCCUAACAGGCGAUGUCUCAAGACUCCUGAGAAUAAUUUACAGGGUGUAUCCCUGUGUUUUCGUUCACUUUAAAAAAGAACCUGUAGCCAAACGUAUACGGCACUGACUGAGGGGGGUCUCUGUUUGGACAAGCAGAGUGGAAGGUUGUGUUCUACUAAACAAACUCAGCCAACUGUAUUUAACGCAGGAUUUUGACUGCAUGGUUAAAUUUUAUUUUCUAGGCUGUGACUUGGUGUUGCUCAAUGUAACACUAAUUAAGAACUGCUAGGUUGAGGGUCUUGUACUAACACAUUAUUUGCAGAGGUAAACAUAUUGCCACAUAUUAAGUGCAGUACAGUGGCUGUGGGUGAACGUGUAUAUGGUUGCUUUAUAGCCAGUCUGUCUGAUUUCUAGUUUAACCCAUACGAGCCCAGACCUUUUUCAGCAUAUUGAUGCCAAAUUCAAAAUCGAAUUAGAUAAAUUCAAGCAGCAGCUCAUUAAUAUUUUUUUUUCUUAUUGUGGCCACAUGGCUUAUAUAACAACAGUAUAAUAACUUGUAUUUUAACACUUCGUUCAGAACUACUUAUAUGACUCUUAAAACAGUUUAAUUAAAGUGCUUGAAUUGGUAAAAUUGUUGAAAUAGAUCAGUAAAAGGAAAUAAUACACUUUUAAAAGGAGCUACUUUUAAAUCUCCAGCACUAAACCAGCACCUUUACAUAAAUAAGGUCAGAUGAACCAUAACGUUCACAAACUGUUCUGUAAUGAUGCUCUCAGUAUGUUUAAUAUGUGUCAUUUCUGUACUGUAAGACACGUUAUACAGCUUUUAAAGGUCUGUGACACAUACGUCACUAUGGGCUCUUUUGGGUUUCGCUUAGAACCAACAUACACAAUGGAUACGUGUUUGACAAUCUGUGGCAUUGUCUGAGUUCAGAACUAUUUUAUUUUAUUCAUUUUUAAAGGUUCAGCUUUGAAUUUCACUAAAAAUGUGGGCCAGUUACUCAUAACAUUUAAGGAACUACACGUUGGUUCUUAGUUUUAAAUCUUGAUGUUACUCUACAGCCUUCAAAUGCAUUCAUAAGAAAUAUGAACAAGAGACUAAAGACAAGGACUGAUAUCAUUUGUCUAUCAUAUCAAGUGUUUAAGAUUAUGGGCCUUACAGACUAUUAUUAUUAGUAUAUGAUUAAAAGAUUUGCCCACUGAAAGACCUGUCAUUUUCUUAGCAGCUUUGAAUGUAUUGCAAAGAUAUGGAGCAGAUGCUUUUGUAUAUUAAAAGAAAAUAGGUUAUUUCAGACAUCCCUUUUCCAAUAACACAAUAUAUAAUACAAAUAUUCAGAAAAAAAUAAAACAUAUGCUGUUUCAGAGCUUCUGUAUAUUUCAUAUAAUUAACAGGAAUUGAUGGAAAAAACUUUAUGCUAUAAUUUUUUUUUUACAUGCUACAGUAAUAUUAAAAUUCAACAAAC